AUGAUAAUAAGCAGUUCAGCAGAUGGUCAGCCAAUUCUGGACCAGAGUUCAGUCAGCCUCAUGUGCGGCGACUACAACUGUUCAGUCAAGUACGACGGCGCUGUCUCUCACGUCAGCACCAGCUACGUCAUAUCCGUGAAGCCACAGACGCCGACAUUGCAAGUGGAGGGUACCCCAGUGGACGGGUCUGCCCUGACGCUGACUUGCACCACCCCGUCCACGCUGCCCUCCGCAGAUCCCAGUCGAGUGAGAUACGUGUGGAGCAGAGAUAUCACUUUGGCAAACAUCAGCAGCAGCCGCUAUACCUUCAAACCUACGCUUAACGACAACGGCGACUACACCUGUACCGUGAUUGCGACCCUCACGCCGACUAUAGCUGGGGCCACAGAAGUCCCGGAAUUGCAAAAUGUCACGCUGACCUGCUCCUCUGCUUCCCAGAUUAACAUCGCUUCCUUGACCUACACGUGGUACGGAGUGAGUGGCAGUGACAUCAGUUCUUCGUCCACUGGCACCUACUCCAUCUAUCUUGUGUCGUAUGCUGACAGCGGGAGCUACAGCUGUGAAGUGACUUACGACACGGCUACAUCGAACAGAAGUGCCGCCUACGUUCUUAAAGUGAGACCCAUGACGCCUGUCAUCUCUAAUGACGGAAAUCCAGUUCUGGAUGGCGGGACCACCACUUUGAACUGUUCAACUUCCUCUUCAGGAGAUUCUUACAAAUGGUUCGACACCACAGGCAGCCUCAUUCCCAGCCAGAGUAGCUCCACCUAUCAGAUCAACCCAGUCACUAUGGCCAAGCGGGGGUCGUAUAGGUGUUCAGUUGUUUACAACAGCAUUGAGUCGACCAAAUCAGACCCCGCAUUCGUUCUGCAAGUUCAGAGUCGGUCACAGCAAGCGCCAGUGCCACGUACAAAUGGUUCGAACAACUCAGGCUUUGAAAUCUCACUGGAGACCAAGAAGACGUACACCAUCAGCACUGUGACCUUUUCCAUUCAUAAGUCCAGCUUUCAGUGCUUAGUCACCUUAAACUCCAUAGAAUCUGACAGAAGUGUUGUCUUCUUACUGGAAGUGACGCCACAGACGCCCAUCAUCACAGGAAGCAGCAUGGUGGUUGAGGGAUCUGGCAUUGCACUGUCAUGCGACUCAGCCUCCUCCUCAAUGCCGUCCCCGGUAGUGUGGGCGUGGACGAGGGACGGAGUCUCGAUUGGAGUAUCGUCACAGCAAUAUGCUUCCUCAGGUGCAAUCUUCUCUGACAUGGCGGCCUAUACGUGCACAGUGUCAGCUGACGGCGUCCAGUCUCUCCCCAGCUCCGCGUUUUACCUGUCAGUGCAGCCCAAGCCCGCCACACUUACAGGUAACGCCAGUCUGCCGCUGACUGACGGAAGUCCCUUCUCCAUGCAGUGCAGCACAGAGUCCUCCCCAACCGACAGCCUGACCUACACCUUCACUAAUACCGACACAGGUGCCAACCUGGCCACCAACGUCCCUGACAGCAGCUACUACCUGGGAACUGUGACCUUACAGACUUCGGGGUCGUACACCUGUAAGGUGACGCAUAAAGGCGUCGACUCCAGACGUCAGCAGCACACUAGUGUUGUCAGUACCUCUGCGAACUUCAUCAUCUCUCCUGUCGUCUUCAUCAGCGCGGGGGCUUACAGCUGUAUGGUCACUGCCAAUGGAGUGAAAUCGGACUUCAGUCAGCCACUCACCUUGACAGUGAAGCCUCUGACGCCGACUGUGACAGCAGAAAGCAGCCUGCCAGUUCCGGAGGGAGGCAAUGUCUCCAUUACAUGCAGGACUGCCUCCGAGAAGCUGAUGACCGCCAUCGCGGCCUUCACCUUCUACGACCCCAGUGACGUCAUCGUCGCAGCGAACGUCAGUAAUAAGACAUUUACCUUGACUAGCAUGACCCUGGCACGUGCGGGCAACUACAAGUGCAAGGUCAUCUACGACAGAGUUUCUUCCGACGUCAGCACCACCCCGCUGCUGGUGACAGUGAAGCCUGCGCAGCCCACGGCGCAGACGACCGCAGUGCUUCCGGUGGAGGAAGGUCAGAGUUUGACGCUGUCGUGCCAGACGUCGUCCACCAUGCCUGCCGGCGGAGUCGUCGCCUACUCGUGGAGACAGCCUGGUGGCAGUGUCAUCGCCGGGGCUGUCAGUGCCACCUACACGCUGUCCGAUGUCAACUUCGCGAAGGCUGGAGGCUACCAGUGCCAGGUGUCGUACAACGCCCUGCCAUCCGACUAUAGUGCCGUGCUGACCGUCACAGUUCAGCCGCGGACACCGACGCUGUCCAUCUCUCCCACGUCGACAGUUGCUGAUGGCAGCAGCGCCACCUUCACCUGCAGCAGCAGCAGCCAGAGCGAGAUGGCAGCCGAGGGUUACAAUACCACUCUGUAUCUUAGUAACGGAGGCACGUUUACAUCGGUGUCCCCACCCACUGCAACGUGGCCUUACGUCAUCACCGCCAGCACAGCUCAGGCUGGGCAGUACGCAUGCUCUGUCACCUACAGACAGGUGGAAUCACCGAAGAGUUCUGUGGUGAACCUUUUAGUCAAGCCGUCCACGCCCGUGGUGAGCUUGCUUCAGGCGAUGGCGGUGGAUGGCAGUGCCGUGUCACUCCAGUGCGGCACCUCCAACCAGACCGGCCUCUCGUCCACGUGGACGACGAACAGUAAUUUCCAGACGACGAGCAACAGCACCUAUCUCACCUUUCCAAAUAUUGCUUUCACCGAUAUGGGCAUCUACUCCUGCAUGCUGACUUUGAACUCCAUCAAUUCAGACUACAGCGCCACAGGCUACAGUCUUGUGGUCAAGCCCAUGGCCCCGGUCAUCACGGGGACCCUGACAGUGGAGGAGGGAUCGCUCCUGAGCCUCACGUGCCAGCCACAGUCGUCGGGCAUGCCCACCCCUGUGACGUAUUCGUGGUCAAGGGGCGUUACCACUCAAAUCUUGCAAAUCAACGCCGUGACAUUCUCGGAUGCUGGCCAGAUCACGUGCAAGGUAUCUGCCAAUGGUAUCGAUUCCAGCCCCAGCUCCGUCGCGUCCGUCAUGGGCUUGUCUACCAUUGCUGUCGACGAUGGUAGCGAGUCCGUCACGCUAAAUUGUUCCACGGCCUCCCAAGUCACGCCCACCACAGUCACGUGGUACGGAGAGCAAGACGUCGUCAUCCAGGGCCAGAGCAGCGCCUCCUACACGAUUACCUCCCCGAGUCUGGCCAGCAGCGGCAGUGUGAAGUGCAGUAUGACAUACAACAGCGUGGAGUCUGCGAAGAGUAACACCAUUUUGCUGGAGGUAAGACCAAGGCAGCCCGUCCUCACUGGACCAACGACUGCUGUAGCCACCAACAGCUCUGUGACUAUGACCUGCAGCAGCGCAUCCAAGCCACCAGGAGCCGCUACUUUGACCUUUAGCUGGAAGAAAGAUGCAACGACUUUGACAGGUGAAACAGGAGCGAACCUCGUCAUCAGCCGUGCGCCCACAACCGCCGCAGGACAGUACACCUGUGCCGCAAGUUACCUGAGCGUGACGUCCCUCGACAGCAGCACUUUCCGUCUCACAGUGCAAGUCACCACCUUCACCUACAGGUGGUCCAAGGACGGGGUCAGCAUGGCAGCCAGCGGCCAGACCUUGACGAUAGAUCAGGUCCAGUCCUCGGAUGGCGGAACUUACACCUGCGCAGUGGUUGACAACUCAGUGACAUCAGCCACAAGCAACGCCUACCAGCUGACUGUUGUCGCCACACCGAUCACACCCAGUCUGUCCGCCCUGCCCAGCACCUUCACCAGCGGUCAGUUGGUGACGUUGACCUGCAGCAGCACGACCCCCAGGGCCAGUGCUGCCCUGACGUACACGUGGCUGCAGAAUGACGGCGUGCUGCAGGGUCAGACCUCACCUGUGCUGCAGAUCACCAGCUUCAGCAACGAACACACAGGCCGCUAUGCUUGCAAGGCUGUCGUGGCCAGCAGAGUGUCCAGCAGCAGCAACAUGCUAGAGCUCGCACCCUCAGACGCUCCAGGGAAACCCACGGUGACGAUGUACCCGGAUGUACCCUUGGAGAAUACAGGUGUACAGUUCAGCUGCAACGCUACUGGCUCCUCCUACCACUGGUACUACAACGGUGAGGUCGUCGUCAACCAGACGGAACAGAGUUACAACAUCUCCGCCGUCACGCUGGCCAAUCAGGGAAGCUAUGCUUGUGACGUCAUCAGUGGCACCAAGCUACUGAAAUCACUUCGCAGCGACGGCAUCAGUUUAACGAUAAGAUACGGCCCGUCAGCAGAAAGAGUAGUGGUCACAGCAAUCUUCAGCAGUGAGGCCCUGACCGGAGUCUGGUACAGGAUGGGACCUACAACGUGCCCCCGGGUACCCAGGGGGUCAUGACCUGCAGUGCCAACUGUAACGAGGUCUGUUUGUUCGAGUGGUACAAGGACAGCAAGUUGAUGGCCGAGGAGGCCACCCUGACCCAAAAUUUUACCCAGGUGCAGCAGGGCGAAGGCAACUACUCCUGCAAAGCGACCAACAGCCUCGACUCCUACUCCGUGGCCUUCUACAUAAGGAU